UCUGACAUCGCCGGGGAGAAGUUUUGGGAAGGUCGUGAGCCUUUUUGUAUUCAGGAGGAGCGGAGCGGACAGCUCGCCAUCAGCAGAACCAUCAAUCACAUCAGACGUGACGCCUUCGGCAGAUUUUACAACAGCAUGAAAGUCUCUGGAGAUGCCUGGAAAGGAAGGAGGGGGCGAGAUCAGUCCAAAGUGUGGUUAACAGUCGAUGCGUAG